UCAACAUAGUGUGUUCCAGUGGUUCACCGACUGAAUGACGUCAAACCACAGCUCUUUCUCCGGAAAAGAGCUAGUGUUCUCGCUUCGCCACAUGAUACGUGCUUCUUAAUUAGCGUGUCUAGUGUAAGAGUGGCCGCGGAAGUGGUUCAGUUGAAUGAUUCACAGUGAGAAAAACGUUGGAAUCCUGGUUGCAUCGGACUUUCUCACGUAGAUACCUUCGAUUCUCUUAAACGAGCUCCUCUUUGUGUUGAUCCUGAUUGAAAAGAGCAUUUGCUCCAGCCACCCGAAUGUCUGCGUAUCUCUGUCCUCCUGGAACCACUAGCGGCGUUCUUUCCCGAAGAAAUUUAAGGUGACACUGGCCUCUAAUCACAUAAAAUGAAACUAUACAUCCUGCUCUCACUGCUGCUACAAUUAACAUUCACAUUUCAACUAAAAUUUCCUUUUCAGACUAGCCAACUGGACACAACCAACGAAACCUCAGGAUGUUGUUACUGCAGUUUCAAAGACACAUCGUACAUGGAGUCCAAGUGUGGUGUGAAAACUUCUUUCAUGACUUUGGUUGAGAAACUGUUCGAAUCGCGAUGCGACAUAUCGAAUGCUUGCAACAGGCUCGGAAGUGAGCAACUACCUUACGAAUGGUUCGACUUCAUCAUAGUCGGAGCUGGUGUAGCUGGCCCUAUAAUUGCUCGAAGACUAAGUGAUUAUCCUUGGUGGAGAGUCCUGCUAAUUGAAGCAGGACCCGAAGAACCAACAAUGACUUCGAUUCCAGGACUCGCGUUCCAUGCUGUUAAUUCGACAUUAGAUUGGAAUUAUAAAACGGAACCUGCAGUACCUCACCCAACAGCAUGUUUAGAAACCGACGGGGUGUGCACUUGGCCGCGAGGAAGAAUGGUUUCCGGAACCGGAGGUCUGUACGGAAUGAUGUACGCCCGAGGGCAUCCGGAAGUUUACAAUAGCUGGGCUAGGGGUGGAGCGAGUGGUUGGUCCUACGACGAAAUCGUCCACUAUUUCGAACGAGCCGAAGAUCCUAUCGAUCAAUCAAUCCUAUCUGACAAGCCCAGAACCGUGCCCAUACCAGGUCCCAUGAAGAUUCAGUAUUAUUCCCACAAGCCCGCAUUUGUCGAUGAAGUAUUGAAAGCUGCAGCCGAAUUGAACUACAGAACAGCUAAAUUGAAAGAAUACACGCAGACAGGUUUCAUGGUAGCCCCGAUGGUAACUGAAAAUGGGAUACGCGGUACGACAUCCAGAAACUACCUGAGACCAGUCCAUGGGAGACAAAACUUAAAAGUCUUAAUUAACGCACAAGUAACGAAGAUUCUGAUGAACCAAUGGGAGAACAGAGCGUAUGGUGUGGAAUUAAUAGACAAAGACGGCUUCAAGAGGAUCGUAAAAGCUAGCAAAGAAGUGAUCCUAUCAGCUGGUACCAUUGGAUCCUCUCAAAUAUUAAUGAACUCUGGGAUAGGUCCUAAGGAACACUUGACCAAGCUUGGUAUACACACGUUCAAGGACCUGCCUGUGGGUCAGAAUCUCCACAAUCACGUGUCAGUUGCUAUUCACUGCAGCAUUAAGGACACUGCCUAUGAACCUAUGACGAUGGACAGUGUCAACGAGUAUUUGGAAACAAGGACCGGUCCUCUGAGUAGCACUGGACUGACCCAAGUGACUGCAUUCCUCGAGAGCAGUUAUGCUGUCACUGGUGUACCUGAUAUUCAACUGUUCUUCGAUGGAUUCUCACCGAAGUGUCCCAAAACUGGUUUAGAAUUCGAGUGCCUAAGCGGAGCUCUAGCUUUAUGCCCUGACAGGAGACAGAUAGUGAUGAGACCGACUGUGGUCACCGUGGCUAGUCGUGGAUACAUGAAACUGCGAUCUGCCGAUCCAGUUGCUCCACCUUUGAUUUAUCCUAAUUACUUCACUGAUACUAAAGAUCUGAAGGUACUGGUUCAAGGUAUCAAGAAAUCUAUCGAACUGAUGAACACGAGGACUAUGAAGCAGUGGGACUUAAAACUGGAGUCUGUGAUUCAUCCCCUUUGCGCCAACUAUCAUUUCGGAAGCGACGCUUAUUGGGAGUGCUACGUAAGAGCCGCCACUGGACCAGAAAACCACCAGUCAGGCACUUGUAAAAUGGGUGCAUACGAUGACCCAACAGCUGUGGUGGAUCCGGAACUUCGAGUGCGCGGAGUGAUGAACCUUCGAAUUGCCGACGCUUCCGUGUUCCCGAGUGUGCCAAACAGUAACCCUAUCGCUGCUAUAAUGAUGAUCGCCGAAAAGGCAGCCGACAUGAUCAGGCAUACGUGGACGAAGGUGUGAACCAUGAUAACAUUGACGUACACUUGAGUGCAUCGUAGCGUUUCUACUGACUAUACCUACACUCUCCUCCCUAUUUCUUUUCCAAAUCAUUUUUAUAAUUAAUAUCGUGAAAAAUAAAAUUUUAUGAAUUCCUGCUUUCCAUUUUUCCUAGGGAAGCCUACUUUGCACAAUGCUGUACAUAUUUCUUAAGAUGUUGAAUUUUUUAUCUCGAACGUUAAUGUUACGUGUGUACACUCUGACAUCUACUAUCGUAUGAUAUUUUACACGUGUGAUAUUUUUCGCUUGAUACUAGGCUGUUGCAUAUGAAAUGACCGAUUUAUGUAUAGAACGUUCAACGAUUAUAAUUUCGUUAAAAAUAACAUUUAUUAAUCAAAACUACGAAUCACUUUAGGGAUUCCUAUCUUAUCAUCGAAAUUUGUCAAACUAAUGCCAUAUUGUGUGUUCAUUAGCUGUAUUGCAAAUACAAAUAUCAAGUCAACUUGA